UGUAGCCAAGGAUCAAAAACAAAUCCGAGCUUUCAGCUGGUGAAUAAACCAUCCUGGAUCAGUCCACGUCACAAUAGACUCUUGACAGUCAGUGACUGAUUAAUAAGUCUAUCAUUUAUUAGGCUACGUGUAGCCGCGCCCACCCCCUUUGACGAAGGAAAAACGUUUUUCCUUUGUCGGGGGGAGGGUGCGGCUACACGUAGGUUAUCAUUUAUCAUUGAAUGAUAAUAAGGGGAAGGAGAAGGGGGCUUAUUUGAGAGGGGGGCUUAAUAGAGGAUUUAUGGUAAUUACAUGGCAGCAUGGCAAUUAACGCAGCAACAAAUGAUCUAUCAAACACGAUCCAUGGUGGUAUCACAUAAUUAUACUUGAUUUGUACAGUAAUGGUGUUUCCUUAUUUGCAUUAGGGAUCAUGUUCUACAGCUUUAUAGAGGUCAGAGAAGGUUUGCCCAAGGAGUGUUUCCUUCUCCCGCAAAACUAGUGGUAAGUCCUUUAAUUAGGUUAAGAUGGCGAAGGUAAUACACCAAAGCCUUUCUUCUUCUUCUUCUUCUUCUUAUUAUUAUUAUUAUUAUUAUUACUAUUAUUAUUAUUAUUAUUAUUAUUAUUAUUAUUGUUAUUAUUAUAAAGGAAAUAAAGGGAGAUGUAAUGAAUCAACCAUAAGAGGACACAGAAAAAAUCUGAGCCCCAAAUGGGAUUCGAAUCCCAUCUGAGGCUCAGAUUUUUUCUGUGUCCUCUUAUGGUUGAUUCUUUACAUCUCCCUUUAUUUCCUUUAUAAUAUUAAUAUCAGGAGCAUAGGUUGGUUGGUUGGAGGCUCCUUCAUGAGUGAGACAUUUCUUACUAUUAAUGUGACUAUGUGAUACAGUUAAGCCUUAAUGUUUUGCUUGUGAUGGACUGUGUGACUGCGAAAUGCGGUUCGCAAGUCCAACCCACAAAUAUGACCCUUGCUCGUCAACGAGUCUUCAGUAGCUCAGAGGUUAGAGCAUAGACCUAUUCGGCUAACUCAAUGUUGUACCCAAUUAAAAUCUCCCGGGAAUAAGAGUCUUUGUGUCUUGUAUUUGCAUUAUAAUGUGACAUUCACAUUUAAAUGAUAUGGAAAUUACUAAAACAAAACGUUCCCAAAGGGUUCGAAUUGGGUACAACACUGAGUUAGCCGAAUAGGUCUAUCCGAUCUAGAACACGGAGGUUCGUGGGUUCGAAUCCCAUCUGGGGCUCAGAUUUUUUCUGUGUCCUCUUAUGGUUGAUUCUUUACAUCUCCCUUUAUUUCCUUUAUAAUAUUAAUAUCAGUGGCAUAGAUUAUUAUUAUUAUUGUUAUUAUUAUUAUUCAAAUAAUUAAAGUUCUUGAAUUUGUAUUUUGCUUGUAUUUUGCUGUUAUGGAUGGAUGGUCUGUGAGUGAUCGUGACUGUCAGGUUUGUCUUAAUCUUUCACUCACAAAAGAUUUUCUGAUGGCCGACAGAUUUGAUCUUUAAAGUGAGAGGGUGGAUGGAUGUGAAUACAAAAAUAAUAAUACUUUCAAGUCGUAAAAGACGUAAAACAAAGUUUUUCACUUCUGACUUGAUGGAACUUCGUUUUAUACUCCCAUCCAUUAAGCCACUUGACACUAUUUAUAUUACACAAAUUAAUUAGUUUGUGGGGCAGUCGUUCAGCAUAUACAUUCGGAUAGAACAGUCUUCACUCAUUUGAUCCUAGUUCUAUGUCCUGACUCUCCACGAGUGUUCCAAAGCGCAUGUCAAAAAUUUUCAAUAAGAAUUCAAGUGACUGUCUUCCUUUAGGGGUGCUCAUAAUUGUUUCUGUUUGUUUGUUUCUUUGUUUUUUGUUGUUGUUGCUUUUCUUAGCUGCACGCUUUUAUUUUCAGGGAGGAAGUCUUCGAUUCUCAGGAUAUCAAGUUGCCUAUACAAUUUAUGGUAGCAAUUAGAUAACUUUAGUACGUUUAGUAAGGGCUCUAGUAUUUCUUUCUUAGUACGGGGGAAAUCUGCUGUAAUCCAUUGACCCGUUCAUUUCCUCACUUCCAUAAUUCUUUAAGUUCAGAGUAAAAGAAAAAACUGAUCGCAUACGGAUCGGAUGAACUGCUGAAGGUUUCAUUCCAUAGAGUGGAACGUGCACUUAAAGUGGCCCAUAUUUUUUAAAACUAUGCUUGGAGAGAAAAUUGGGUCUCGACACGCAUUUUAAAAAAUAAUGGGAGUCGCUGACAUUUUUUUGUGUUAUAAGCACUUGAUAAACGAUAAGCUAAGAGUGUGUUAAGAAGGCUUUAGGUUUCUAUGGUGACGUACAUGUACGGUACGUCAAGCAAAGAUGGAAGUGCCUAAUAGGCCAUUUGCACUAAGAGGUCAUGUGACAUUGUUUUUAUGAAAUGAAAGUUAUAUGAUUUUGCUUUCGAAAAACGAUUAGUGGGUCAUAUCUUAAACAAAAUAAUAGUGAUUUGGUUUUUCAAACUCACACCAUUUCCAUAAGAUGAGUAAGUUCGUAGCUGGUCACGUGACCAAAAUGUGAUUUUUAAAAUUAUGAAUUACUUCUUUCUAAACACAAAGUUUGCACUUAAACUUCAAGGAAAAUGUUGAAAAGAUAAUGUGGGAACGUUUACAGCACAUCUUAACAAGAUAUAAGCAAAAAGUAGUUUUAGCCGCCAUGUUGGAGGGCAAGAGUAUGCCCUCCAACAUGGCGGCCAAUACAAAUCAUACUACUUUGUUGAAAAAUCAAAGUGCCAUAAAAUACCUCCCUUAAAUGCGUUUCCUCUCAAAUUCCGGGUGUAAGAUAAAUUUUAUGUGCUCUGUCAAUUUUUGGCAUCAGCAAGGUUCCAACUCAUUGUUUAAAGGAAGCAUUGGUCACGUGACCUCUUAAUGCAAGUGGCCUAUUUCACGCUUAAGAGUACUAAAGUGCGAUGUCAUAAAAAUGAAAUUUCAGAAAUUAUGGGAUUUGGCAGAAUAUUCUGAAAGAACAAUGUCUAAGAGGCCUACUUGCCAAAAAUGAGCAUUUUGGGGCAAAUUGUCUCUGAGAUCGUAGUCCAGUUAUGCUUAGAAAACUCCAUACAAACCCUUCUCACACUUUCUAGCUAGUUUGGGAGCACAGGAAGACUGAUAUUGUACACAUAUUGCACAUCAAUGUUGUACAUCAAUGUUACUUGAUAGUUUUCAGUGCAUCUCGAAUGGUAAGCCUGAGUAAUUAUUUUAUUUGAUGUUUGUUGUUUAUAUCUAAUUUAGUGAAGUCGAGCGUAGUUUAUGGGGCUAUAUAGUUUAUACACGUUUGUUUGAGACAAUGAUCUGACCGAGUAUCAGGUUUGAUUAUAAGCUUCUCAAACUCAUUAAUAAUUCAUUAAGAAAAUACAAAGGAAAUUAAUGUUUAAUGAGUGUUUGGAAAUCGGAUGAAACACUGCUUAGUAUUUGCAUCCUUAAUUUCUUCUUCAAAAAUGAUUUUGUUUGAGAAGAAAUAUCAAACAUUCGACACAGUGUUUCAUCACCAGAUGAAACACCUCGAAGUUCGUCAAAAAUACUCCGCUGCGCGUCGUAUUUUCAACUCUCUUCUCGGUGUUUCAUCUGGUGAUGAAACACUGCAUCUCAUGUUUGAUAUAUUACUUACAGAACUUUAAAAAGCCUUCAGACAUUUUCUCACCGCAAAUAGAAAGAAAACGUCCCAAAGAAUAUUUAGUUCUACUUCUGGCUGUAAAGGAAAGCUUUGAGCGAUUUUCUUGCUUCGAGUUCAUCUUUAAAAAAAGCAAACACCGGGAAGCCGGCUUAAAACAUAAACAAGGAUUUUCAGAGACACUUUAAUACUUGUCUUCGUGAAUGACAAUUGUUGUCUCUGUUUAUGUUUCACCGAAUUAUUUUCCUUUUAUUAUUGAUUGUUAGUAGUCUCUUUGCAAUUUUAAUCGCCGUGCCGUUUGUUUUCAGUCGCUCAUAAACAUCGCUGGCAGGAGUAGUCAAAAUGCCACGUGUAUCAAACGCUUUUAAAGAUUACACAUCGUUAUAAAACCAUUAGAUUAAAAAUAAACAUAAUAAACUCUUCAUUAUGUUGAAGCGUAUAACUCCAUUAAUCUUAAUUUAAACAGUCCACUUUGGCGCUUUGUCAAAAGUGAGAACCGGCUAGCCGUAUAGGUGAUUUUGGAAAUUUUUUUAACGGUUUGGCUAAAAGCCCACGCGUGCUUCGAUCGUCCUGAAUAUAGAAUGAGUGCAAUAGACCUUGUCACGGUUUUCGACGCCAUCUUGACGAGUAGGCAAACGCGUGAGAAAUUACAGUGAUUGUAUGAGAAUUUAAUGUCGAAUAAUUUCCGUAGAACGGCUGUUUUGAAAAAAGUAUGAUUUGUAAACUAAAGCUUCAUUCCUAAGGAUUCUCCUGAAAAAAUUUGAGGGCGUUAUAUGCACUAGAAGACCUAGGACCACUUUUUUAAAUUUUGUAUACAUUUGACUGUAAGAAAGUCCCGAGAAAAUUACAGACAAAUAUACGCCCCCAAAAUUUUUUAGGACAAUCCUUUGCUCUUUAGCUUUAGUUUGCAAUUGAUAUUUUUUUCAGAACAGCCGUUUUACAGGGGCACCCAACGACAAUUUUCGGAAAAAUAUCUGUUCGGAAGACGAUUUGAGAUCUAGAAUUUUCGGAACAUUUUUGCUUGCCUACCUCUCCUAGGAUUUUCGAACAUGUAAAAAAUGGUAUAAUUGCCUAUUUUUAACGGAUUUUUACCCUAAAAACGUCACCUAGAAUUUUCUGGAGCCUGCUUUCUGGCUGAAAUUUUCGAAAAGGCGAGUUUUGAUCCCUAUAAUUUUCGGAUCACUAGACUUUCAGCUAGGAAAUCCGAACAGAUGAAAAAUUUUUAGGGGAUAAAAGUAUGCCUUUAUCUACCGUUUAAAUACUAAAAUACGUUUAACAAUGCUAUGUUUAAGUGGUUUUGAACUAUAUUCUCGUUGGGUGCCCCUGGUUUUACGGAAAUUAUUCGACAUUAGAUUCUCAUACAAACACUGUAAUUUCUCACGUUUGCCUACUCGUCAAGAUGGCGUCGAAAACCGUGACAAGGUCUAUUUGUAUUACAAAAUUGUGAAAUACUGCAUUCUGUCCGAGGUCUGUAUGAUAAAAACAGCGCUUCAUGGUACUGUUUCACCUCAGAUGUGAUGUAUAAAAAGUAUAAAAGGUUGGUUUACACGUCCCCAGUCUUGUUGGCAAGAUUUUCUAAAGUAAACUUGUCGAACCACAGGUAACCCAGGCUCUGUGAUAGUACCACAGUACGGUUCCAGUAAAAUUACAGUGUUUGUAUGGGGUAAAAAUAUCAUCCUAAAAUUUCUAGGAAAUACUAAAUAAAGAUCAAUGAAACUUACUCUGCAGUUAAUUGUUGUUGUCCUUAUUACUCCAACGAAGUUUCGUGAUAAUUUGCAGUAAUUUGUUCAAAUUCACUCUAUCUACAAUAAUAAUAUACAAGGUAGGAAACACGAGGUGCCAUUUUCGCCGACAUGCUCUCAUUCAACACAACUUUUUCCACGAAAUUCGAGCUCCAACGGAAAGUAAACAUGCCAGAAUCGUAGAAAUAGGAUAGCAGCAGAUAUAGAAACCAAUGAAACUUUCCCAGAUAGAGAAACGAAUCCCACAGACUUGGACAAACUCGAAGAAUAUAAUCCAAACACACCGAGAAUACGCUCGCCGAAGCAGCCGGGCCAGAUCAACGCGCGGCCAAGAAAAUGAGGCCUGGGCACUGUACAAAAAAAUUCCAUCCCGGGGGUCCUGGGGUGACCUUUCUAGGGACCGAUACAUCAUUUGCCCAAGGCCACCCUCCCCUGCUGGAAAAAUACUUGAUAGAAGGCAAUUGUUCUUCCUAGCCAAUCACUAUGGCCUGUUAUAAAGAGAUUAUUUUCCUCUCGAACUAUAUUCAGCUCCUGGCGCUGGUCCUCAGAAAGUUUAUCAAACAUCAAUAGGGCAAGGUUAUAAGGGCAAAGGAAAGAACAACGAAGGACGAUUUACAAAACUUAAAACGAGCUACAGAUAUAAGUGAAUUUUGGCUCUUACCGAGGCAUUUGUACAACAGGACCAAAUUCAAAGAGAGGUGUAUCAUUAUGAUUCACAUAUUUAACCGAUAGAGCGUUCACUUGUAUUGACAAGAAGUCGGCGUGUUACUGCCGCAUUAAUCGCUAAAUAUGUUAAUCGCGCUAGUUCUUUGUUUACUAGUGCACGUGCCUUUCACAUUCGUCUCAGUAAUCGCAAUUCAUAUUCUGUCGCAAUUUUCUGUACAAUUUUUGACAUUAGUUUGUAAGCUUCACCGUUUAUUUACGAUAGUUUCGCUCGAGAUUUCACAGCAACAGUAUCUCAGCCAUCAUCUACCUUUUGUUCAACCUUGUUUUUAGCCCGCCUUGUAAGCAUUUCGCGUUGUUAUUUCAUUAGUUUCAUUACUGUUAUUUGCAUCCCUUAGUAAAAGAAAUGGGACGCCUUGUAACUCCGCAGACUCUCCUGAUUAUAUUACUUUUUUUUUAGCCAUUUAAAUUCAGGCGCGUGUGCGGGGUUUGCUCCGGCAAAAAUAGUGAUUGGCUAGGGAGAACAAUUGCCUUCUAUCAAGUAUUUUUCCAGCAGGGGGGGUGGCUUUGGGAAAAUGAUGUAUCGGUCCCUAGAAAGGUCACCCCAGGACUCCCGGGAUGGAAUUUUUUUUGUACAGUGCCCAGGCCUCAUUUUCUUGGCCGCGCGUUGAUCUGGCCCGGCUGCUUCGGCGAGCGUAUUCUCGGUGUGUUUGGAUUAUAUUCUUCGAGUUUGUCCAAGUCUGUGGGAUUCGUUUCUCUAUCUGGGAAAGUUUCAUUGGUUUCUAUAUCUGCUGCUAUCCUAUUUCUACGAUUCUGGCAUGUUUACUUUCCGUUGGAGCUCGAAUUUCGUGGAAAAAGUUGUGUUGAAUGAGAGCAUGUCGGCGAAAAUGGCACCUCGUGUUUCCUACCUUGUAUAUUAUUACCGUAGAUAGAGUGAAUUUGAACAAAUUACUGCAAAUUAUCACGAAACUUCGUUGGAGCAAUAAGGACAACAACAAUUAACUGCAGAGUAAGUUUCAUUGAUCUUUAUGUAGUAUUUCCUAGAAAUUUUAGGAUGAUAUUUUUACCCCAUACAAACACUGUAAUUUUACUGGAACCGUACUGUGGUACUAUCACAGAGCCUGGGUUACCUGUGGUCGAACGCAAAAAAUUCGGCCUGAUUUGUUUUCCAAGAAUUUGUUUUCCAGGCCUAAUCUACUGUGAUCAAGAGCCAUUAUGGCUAUGCUAUCUUUUGGGUGGACAUAUAAGGCUAUCAACUCGAUCUAAGAUUAUGUUCACUCUUAGCUUGGACUGUUUGCAAAUUAUUUUUCUCUAAAAUCACUUAGCCUUUCCCUCAAAAGUCACAUGAAUUUGCUCUAAAGUUAACUGAUUUGUGGAAUACAUGUGCAAGUUUAUUGUUUGAUUUAAAUUAUAAAUUCGAGUUAAUAGGAGCUUCGCUUUUAGCCCUGUCUAAAUCUAUAUAUUAUGGAGUUUUCUGAGUAUAACCGGCUAACAUCUAAGAGACAAUUUGCCCCCAGGCGGUGUGCGUCACGAGACUCGACCAAUCAGAAUGCGUCAUUUGUAGAGUGAUUUUCGCGCUCGGAAAGAGCCGAUUUCAGAGGUAUAUGUGGUGAAAUUUUCGCUUUAUUCCAAGCUUGUGUUGGUAAUUUCGACACUAUACCGCCGUGGAAAGUUGUUGGAACACUUUAUCUUGAUAGCAGUUGCGUUACUUUUUAAUAUUUUGCUUUCUUGAGCGUUUGUGACAAGUUUGAAUUACUCGGUCAUGUGCAGGCAGCCAUGAUGAUUGGAGUGUUGUUUUUGCCGUUCUUCUUGGAUUUAUUGCUGGUUACUGUUAGCGUUUUUAUCGAAUUAUUUUGGCCAUCUUGUUACUUCAACCUUUCUUCUUUGCAAAUUUCGGGUUCUACCCGGGUCUACCCCUGUUAGUUUUCCCGUUAUGAGCCGUUGAAAGUGUCUUGGAAUUGAGACAUCGUCUUAGCCAAGUGGCACAACUCCCGGGAAACGUGCUGAAAAAACAUGCCGAAGCGGAUGCCGACGUGAAGCGAGUAACGCCAAAUCCAGGAAGAGUUUGUUCUAUUUUAAACCACAAAAGGUAAAUGAGUUUGAAUAUUGUAAUAACCUUUGGAAAAAAAAAUCAUUUUUCUUGACCCAGUGAGGAAACUGAAAGCGUGACUUUAAAAUAAUUUGCAUGCGGUGUGUGCUAUGUGUAUGCAAAUCUUUGUGUAAACUUAUGUGAGGGAAUAAAUUGUUAUAUUAAAAUCUCUACCAAAACACAAAACCGUUAUCGAAGAUCCAGACAACAUCAUACAGGAUUUUAAAACUGUGAGGUUAGGUUUUACUUUAUAACAAAAUCGAUAUACUGCGUGCGCUCCCUUCAAUGACCGCACAGACAAGACAAGAUCGUGGUUUAUUUCACUGUUUAUUUCUGCGACUGAAGCUUCGGUGAAAUUCCGAUUGUGCUGCAGCUGUUCGGCUCUUUCGGUCUGUUUUCCCCUUGCCUGAUAGAAGAUUUAUUUACGCAUAAGGAUUUCAAACGGGCACUGUUUUCAAAAUAAUAUAAACUUGUCGAUGAAAAUAAAAUUGUUAUGAGAGACGAUUUCUCACCUUGCUGUUUGCACGCGCUCCCCCUGCUUUGCCGGUAACGAACUCCAUCAAAUAUAUAAACACUUCUGAUGGACGAAUUUUUUUUUGUUAAGCAAAGCCAGGUAUGAACUACAGAUCUCUUUCACUAUGAGAUAAAAACAUGCAUAUAAACCAAACAGUACGUAAAAUCUUUGAGAGGCAGGAAAUUAGUCGCCGCUCAAAGUCGGCUAGAUCGCACGUUCGUCUCCGAAUCGCGAUAAACUUCUUGAAAUUGUCUUGUGAAGCCAAUAGCAAGCAUCUAAGGCCACUAUAAGAUCUUAAAAAUUCUCGAAAUCUCUCUCUUCCGUAAUGUUUUUGGGAAAAGGCAGCAGUGUUUUGAUCCCUGGGUUUGAUUCAUUUCUCUUACGAGAUGCAAACUCGACCGUGUCACGAUUGAAAUGAGGCGCAGUAACAGUUUUACCCAUGAACCUUUGUGGGUCGUGACGCACACCGCCUGAUUUGCCCCGAAAUGCUCAUUUUUGGUAAGUAGGCCUCUUGGAUAUUGUUCUUUCAGAAUAUCCUGACAAAUCCCAUAAUUUCAAAAAUUUCAUUUUUAUGACGUCAUCACUUUAGUAAUCUAUUGAGGACAUAAACAAGCGAUCACGAGUUCCUCUUUCUCCUUCUAAACUUGAAUGCAGUCCCCAAGAAAUCAACUCCAGGGAAAUUCGUCUAUAUUCGACAUUUUUAGCGAACUGGAAUAAACGCGACAAAGUUUGAAAAAACGCGAAUUCAUUUUAAAAGUGACGUUUUCGCUGCCGUCACCGUCGUCGAUGCUAAAACUCCCUAAAAUCACAUUCACUACUUUGUAUAGAUGUUUAUGAUUUCAAGUCAGAUUAGAACAUGUAGAAAGUGCCCACAUCGCCUUUGACCUGCCCUUUUCCACCACUAUCUCGGACCCGAUAAAAGUUCUUUGAUAAGCUUUGCGUGACGGGACAGGGAACGGCUGUGAGUAGUAGACGUUGAAUAAAGUUUCGUUUUCCAAAAACAUUUAGGGAAAAAGUUUAUGACUUACGGUCGCUAGUGUUCGCUAAAUGUGAGGUCUUCUAUGACAGGUUUCACUGCGUGUGAUUUCUUGUUUCUUUUUUCAGGAUUUUUCUCGGUGGGAAUUCUUCUAUGGCUUGUUCUUUUUGGCACUGUAUUUUAUUUUAAGCAUGCAGAACAUGUCCUUCCCAAAAUAUUGUGGGAAUGGUUUAAAGAAAACGCGGAAUCAGCGAUGUAAGUAAAAUUCGUUACUUGUUUAAGUUUGUUUGCUUCAGCUGCUGCUACUGGGCCGCACAUCUUUAAGGUUAAACAUUGCGAAUGAAUCUUUUGGUGAGUUUUUCUAGGUUUAUACUUCACUUUGCGUACCGUGCACUACAAGCGAUCAGUACUUAGGUUAUCCUGAUUUUCAUUCUCGGGUGUAAGUCGAUGCUGCUCCCUACUUUAUUAUUAGCAUCAGGUUUUUCAUGAGAAACUGCAAACGGCAAACCGCAAAAUGUCACGUGACCACGGCCUUGCGGUCACGUUUGCAGCUUGCAGUUCACGUUUGAACCGCAGGAAAGGCUUCCAGCGGUAAGUGAUUUACAGCAAGGUGCAUGUAUUGUCACAAAAAACUGUACAGCCUCGCGUUCAAAGGUAUGAACUAGCUUUUUAUAUCCGUUUGCGAUGUGUUUGUUGGAUUCUUGAUAUCGAAUCAAUGAAUUAUUGCUGAUUUUUGGGCGAUUAAAGUGAUGCACUUCGACUUGAUGAAAACAACAUGGCGGCCCUAAACAAUGCUCAAACCGCCCUUGGAUACCUUGUGAUGCCUACACAAAGUAAUUGCUUAUAUGUAUACAUAUAUGAGUGAGCCCUGACUAUAGUGAUUAGGGUUAAGCACUAACAAUACCAGUCCGGAAUAUCCCUAAAUUUAAGGACAGGGCCAACUGGUCACGCGACACUUUUCAACCAAUGAGAAGGCGCGCUUAUUUAGUCAACAAACAAAUCAAAACAUCGCCCCAGUGAAAAAACAGCGGAAGGAGUCGGACAGAAUUAAAGAUGAGAGCUUACAGUACUCGUCUAGGUUUCACAUUUAAUAUUUCAAAGAAAACAUUUCAUGUAAGAGAAUAAGAGCAUUAUUCAUUGCAAGGAAUCAUUGGGGUGUUCGAACUGAUUCCGGACCGAUCGCAGAGGUCGUGGCUUCACUGGCAUGGCUUGCAAGAUUUUUGAUAGAAGCAACUGGUCCCGUGUAAAAAUAGCCUUAGAGAGAGUGUGAAAAUUUGUUGAGAUCGUACAAAACAGGAUUGGUACUACCUAUUAACUUCUACAGGACAAGAAUCAAAGAACCAGUCAUCAUAACAAGAAUAGAAAGUAGUUCAAAUUUAUUAAUUUUUCUUGUUUGUUUUUUUGUGUUGUUUCGUGUUGACUUCACGCAUCUGGUGCUUUCUUUGCUUGCUGUAGUACCUGCAAUGUUUUAAUUUUAUCCCAGAUAAUCAGUGCAUGUUCAAUGAGUAGCGAAAUACAGCAUUUACAAUUGAGAUUUGCCUUGUUUAUUUGAUUGUUUUUUAAUGGUGGAUGAACAUUUGGAGAAUCCAACAACAUUAAAUCUUUCCAGAUUAGUGAAUUUCAGAAACAAAGCGGUUAGUAUCUACCUUGCUCUUUAAUAUGAUCUUCAAUUUCAUCCCCGCAAAUUCGGCAAAGUGGGGCGAAAUGUUGGACGUGAAUAUCCAUAAGACUAAUAAAGUUGUUUUGGCCUUGAAAAGAAAAAAGGCAAAGGUUCGUACUAAUGCGAAAAAAGUAAUAACACGGCUUUUGUGAGAAACGCGGGAGUGGAAAACGUACGUGUUUUGGACCUCGGAAUUCAAAAAUUGUCUACCAAAAUUCUAGGUUGUCUACCAUCCCCACAUUCAACAUAAUAAAAGUUAAUCGAUAUGACAAUCGAGGAAAAAUAUCUAGAACUUCGUAAAAAUCUGUGAAUCGAAAAAAUAAUAGAUACGUGUUCACCUACCUUGAAAACCGACCAAAAUCUCUCCUAUACAUCGCGUUGUUUAAAAGAUAAAAGAAGAAAUAAGCCACGAAAUGUGCUGAAUAUAUUUCACGAGACACUUCCAAUAUGGCUUCCGAUACGCUGUCUACUUAAAAAAAUUGUGUAUGCCUCAUAAAAAGUCUUAAAAAUAUGCCUGAGAGCCUCGAAACGAUGACUGAUUCUGUCCGACUCCGUCCGUUGUUUUGAAAAUUUUUGAUCAGUGGGGCGAUGUUUUGAUUUGUUUGUUGAUAAACACAAGCGCGCCUUCUCAUUGGUUGAAAAGUGUCGCGUGACCAGUUGGCACUGUCCUUAAAUUUAGGGAUAUUCCGGACUGAAUACUGAUUAGGGUUAAGCACUGAAAAUACUGAUUAGGGUUAAGCACUGACCAUACUGAUUAGGGUUAAGCACUUAGAAUACUGAUUGGGGUUAACGGUUAGCUUCUUUUUAGGGUUAGGGUUUUCGCUACAGUAGUUAAAUUACUCCGAGUCCCUGUAGCGAAUCCUUGGUGGUGUAGUGGUUGGGGCUUGGGGCUACUGGUUUAGUACCCCGGGAUCGAUUCCUGUUCGUAUCUCGGAAAUUUUUUUUUCCUUUAAAAUUGAAGAGACUUGCACUUUGACGACAUUUGUUGAGCAGUCUCUGGGUCAAGAAACUUAGAAAUUUCAUGUAAGUGUAAGUGAAAAGGGAGAGGGCGGUUUGAGAUAUGGAAACGAGUGCUAUGGAAACUAGCAUUUACCCUAAACAAUAAACGCGUGGUUCAAAUCGAUUUUAUAUUCCUUUCUGCCGUACUAACAAAAGAAAGUAUUCUGUUUCCAAUCCAGAGUUAAAGUUUUUUUCUAUCACGUUACUGAAUUCAUAACUUAACUCAGUCUCUGUGUAGUUCCUAUUUUUAACGUAUGCUUUACAAGGCUUAUAUACUUCUACACCUUGAAUAUUGUAGUCCAUUACCAUUAGGGAUUAACAAAACUUUAAACAAGAAACUUGAAUCUGAAACUAUUAUUCUUUAAAAGCUCUCUUAAAUUUCGGAAACAGCUAAGAUUAUGAUUCCAUAUUGUCUGCUGUAAACAUGCAAUCACUGGAACAUAGACGGUACUAUGAAUCUCUUGUCCUCCUUUUUAAGUGCAUAAAAGGAAAUGGGCCUGACUAUAUUUCUGAUUAAUUCGAACCUCGUAUAUUGCGCUACAAUUUAAGGAACAGCGAUCACAGUCUCACUCAACCAUCCUAUAUAAUAGUCGAUAUUAUCACAAUUCUUUCACUUACAAGGUUUCGCAUUUGUGGAAUCAGCUUCCUUCUUACAUUAAGAGAUCGACUGAGUUGAGUGAAUAUCGUAAGCAUUUAAGAUCUUUUAAUCUUACAAUCUUAAGAGCCAGUUGUAAAUGUAAUUUUUGUAUAUCUUAGGGUUUUACUAUAUCUGUUUUUUUCCCGUUAGGGUUUUAAACUUUUUCUUACCGUUUUUAGUUUUUAAUUAAUUCCCUGGGAUUCGGGUGGGUGUAGCUUUGUCAAUUCACGGAUAUAUUAUUGUUAUUUGUUUUCAUACAUUUAUGAUCUUUUUAAAUUAUUUUUUAUUCAAAUGCAUUGUAUCUUUAUUGACUUAGUAUUUUUAUUGUCAUGCAUUUUAUACAUGAGCCUCUGGCUCCGAUGAUCGGGGCAACCCCAUCCCACGUAUCGAUGUUAAUAAAUUGAUUGAUUGAUUGAUUGAUUGAUUGAUUGAUUGAAUCCGCGAAUUUCAUUUUAUUUUGCUUAUUUCGUUAAGACUUGGGAGCCCAGGCUUCAUAAGCGUUCUGGUUUCUUCUGGGCUCCCUUGCAACCUUACAAUUCCUAUAUGUGUUCUUGUAUUGUAUUAUAUUUUGGGUAAAUUGAACUGAACUGAACUGAACUGAACUGAACGCCUUGCUAAAAUUUGAAAUCUCGGCAACGCGAAACUGCAAACGCGAAACUGCAAAUGCGAAACUGCAAACGCGUAACUGCAAACUGCAAACUGCAAACUGCAAACUGCGAUUUUCGGUUUGCCUGAUGCUACAGAUCUCUAAUCCCUGCAUUGUUUCGCUAUGAUACGUUGUCAAACCUCCUCUCCGGGAUCCUUAGGAGCAACUUUUUAAUUCAUUUAGCGCCUGAUUAUUGCCAAGUCUGGUCAAAAUUGGUUACUAUGGUUACAGUUAAGCUACUAUGACGUCACGGGUGGCAGGAGGUCAUGCAAUUAGGAAGGGAAGAGUCGACUUUUUCUCAGUUUUGUUGCUGUUGUUGUUGCCGAAAAACCCUGACUCACUCAAGACAAAGUUGAUAGAAACAUCCGGACUCGAGGGAUAUCUUCAAAAAUCGUUGCUUUUAGCUUGACGAAAGUGAAAACAGGCAGUCGGUUUUUCCUGCCUUCUCGCACUCACUAUGUUGAACACGUGCUGUUGUAUCUUGAGCUGGCUACAAUUGCUGAAUUGUAUCACAAACGAGAUGCAAUUAGAUUCAGUCAAGGCCACAUGACUACGAAUUAACCAAUGACAGUCCCUGUUUAGUUGAAUAAAAUUCUAAAGCUACAACUUGAAUUAUGUAGUGUAAUACUGAACUUUUGGUGGUUUACUGAUUUCAGGUCCGCAUUUAUCAUGUCCAUUGUCCUCUACCUCUUUCAAUUGUUUCUUAUCCACUAUGUCUUCCGCGACAGAGAUUUUCCCAGGAUUGUCAUCACUGUGGAUAACAGGUAUUUGCCGUCUUCCCUACGUCUUCUCGUUUGGUUCUUGAACCUUGUAAAAACAGUUCAACCUACCGUAAGUGACUACGAGGCAAAAGGCUGACAGUUAUCACUCUUUUAGCCUUCCACUCCUUUCUUUUAUUAGUUUAUUUAUUUGAAUAAUUAUUUAUAUGUUUAUUUGAUUGAUUGAUUGAUUAAUUGAUUGAUUAAUUUAUAUUGCAGACGCUUGUUCUCGAUUAUGUCAUACUUCUUCUUCUUUUUCAACAUUCUGGUCGGAUUGUUUUCUGGCUUUCUUCGCAUCAUCUUUGGUAUAGUUCUAGGAGUUGUAUUCCUGGCUCGUAUAGACCGGUCGACCUUGAUGCAGGGAUUUCAAAGAUUUGACCGAGGCAUGUUGAAAUCUUUAAAAGGGAAAAUUAAACUGUACACGGUUUUCCGUGACUAGGAUAAUUUUAAAAAACAUGAAAACAACUAGAAAUAACUUACAACAUGCAGCCAGUUCACGGUGAAGGCGGUUAUCGCGGUAGAGACCAUAAGAAACAUUAGAUAAUAUCGAUGUCAUGCGUCCCUAUUGUUUGCUCUCCCUUUCAUCUCUUUUUUAUCGCCUGAUUUCUCCCUCCUCUCUUAUCUUUUCGACACAUUAUCAUACUCCUCCCUGGGCUGUUCACAGACCCUCUAUUUUUCCCCUUAAAGAUCGUCGAGCGAGCGUAUUUUCUAUCAACAGAUCGUCGAGCGCGCGUAUCAUGUGAAUAAAACCGGCGGGGGAUUUAUUCACCGCAAGUGCCAGAGGGUGCUCCUUACUUGCUCUAGCACGCUUGCACUGUCAGAUUGUCGAAAAAAUCGUGUAUGGCCACGCUACUUCCUUCCUAAACCGUUUCUCUCCCUCCUCAAAAGAGUGUAACUUGUUAACAACGACAUUUGCAAUCCAAUCAUUCAACAAUGCCCUUAAAAGACCUUUGCCUUUUAAUGUGUUCAUUCACUGGCAUAUGCUUGCCAUGAGGGUUCCAGUCUCCCUCCAUCUCACAUUCUUAUCCUUCUCUUCUACAGCAUUUGUUGCUUACCUUGGUUUUAUCAACCUGCUUGUUGCUCAGAGCCAUCCCGUGAUGCUUUUGUUUUGUCAGCUACUGAUAAACAGGGACAAAGGUCACCAGCCUAAUUCGGAGUCUCCAGCAGAUGCUCAAUCUGAGAACCGCGAUUGUUCAAAGGAAACUAGGGUUCCCUCUGGUAUGUGCUUUGUUAACCUUUUUUUAACAAAUAUUUGAAACAUUAUAUAAACAGUAGAACUUCAACCCCGACAUAACGAGAUUAGCCUGCGAGCAAGCUCUCCAUUUGGGCGAACGAAGUGACCCAACCGAACGUGGUACGCGCGAGCGAGCGGCGAAGCCGCGAGAGGCGGGGGAAAGGAGAGCUUGCAACGAUCUCUCAUAAAUUUUCAUCUCUACUUCGUCUAGACAAAGCGAGAUACCCUUGGACGGCGAUUGUCUUUUUGCUAACUUGCGGCGCGCUUGUGGUGACAGUUUUCACGCUUUGCAGUGUCUCGGGGUUUCUGGGGUGGAAAUAAAAAUUUAUGAGAGAUCGUUGCAAGCUCUCCUUUCUCUCCCCGCCCCCCGCUCUCUCGUCUUUCCUCGCGUGCACUCGUGCAUGUACUUUCCCGCAAGUGGAGUGCUUGCUAGCAAGCUAUUACGAGAUGCGAUUAGAGCCGGACUGGGGAAGCAAGCAAAUCGGGGCCCUAUUCAAUACAUUAUAAUUGGGGCUUAAAAUGGAUUACGUUAUACUGGGGUCCGUUCUGACGUAUGUUAAUCGAGGGUUUGUAUUAGGGGGUAAGCAAAGACGUUUUUGAGCUACGCACGUCAACCGGAAGUGACGCUACAAUUUCCUCUACCUUUCCUCUUUGGUGUAUAGGCAGCUAAUUCUGUUCUUUUUUCGUUUGCAGUGUAUACUCGUGAGCGAAGACUCCCGCGUAUGUCUCAAAAGGCAUUCAAUCGCUGGCAUCUGUCUGUGACACUGCUUCGUAACUCGUGUCUCAUCAAAUAUCGUAAGCGGGUUGGUAUAAGUCGUGCAACUUCCGUUAGCCUCAGAAGUAUCCGUACUGACUUGAGCGACCUUGUGCCUGCUUGACUCUAAGUAGGAUUGUUGAUUGCGGUGAUACAUUUUGUUUUUUUCAGCCAAUUUUUUACUCGUGAUUAGAGACAACUCGCUAUUAGGAGUCUUCAAAGUUGUUUGCUAGUAAGGGACUGUGC